AUGCAUUCGUCUACCAAGAAGUGGAAGGCACCUCGUGUCAAGGCUAGAGAGGAUGGACAACGCAAGUUAAAGGCCAGAAAGUACAUCUGCCCUGAAUCUCCAUUCUUUACAGAGCACUUCAACUUCCAGCAGCACGAGACAAAGAUGCUCAAAGAGAAGUUGAUGUACCUUGAAAGAUCAGAGAAAGUCAACAUUCCUGUCAAACCUUUUGGUGGAAAGAUCUUCGCUCCUGUACUGCUUGAGAUCUUCGACGAGAACUACCAGUACCAGGACUCAGCCUCUCUCGAAGGCAAAUUCUUACAGAAAACCUGCAGUCCAGUUCUCUGCAUGCCCACUAUCUGGCAGAAUGAACCGGACCAGAACAAGUACUUUGUGUAUCCGUCAAACGCCUUUACCACAUCAUCAACCGCUCUCUUCCCCAGCGUUCAGGAGCUCAAGUUUGAAGGGACCGACAGAAUCGCAAGUACCAACAUCCACCGUCGUUUCCUCCCAGUCCCACGCAAUCCUUGCAAUCAAACCGUCAAUUGGAGUGUCAAACCUUUCUUGAAGCCUCACAAGCUUGAUGCAAUCCUGGAGAAUGAAGUUCCUACCGAGGAGGAAAUUUUCACUUACGAUUGGGAGAUUGGUCUCCCUAACGAUGAAGAUCUCCAGGUAGGUCUUCCCCCCACCCCAAUCAACAAGGAGGAUGGCGAUGCUGAAGACAAAGACACCUACAACGAAGACCCUUACAAGGGUGAGAAAGCUUUGCGUCUGCUUGGUCACGGUCUCUUCGCAGCUCUCGAUCCUCAAAAUGUGUAUUUCUGA